AGAAAGAAAAGAACCCUAAUCUAAGUGAUUUAAAACUAAUAAGGAAUCUAAAAUGAUUCGGAGUGAAUAUGUCCGAAAUCAUUACAUCCAUUUGAAACCUAAACGUAGCUUCUUCGUCUUCGUUGAUCUGUAAGCACAUUUUCUCCUCUCUCGCGUCUCGCAUAUCUCGUUGGAUCCCACUCGUCCCCCCUUAUAUAUACGCCUUUUAAUUUUAUCUUUCCUCCGAUCUCCAGCUGUUUUUUCAAACUCUUUGAUUUAGAGCAAUGAUUCCUCCUUAGGAUCUUCGCCCCUUAUCGGAGCUCGCAUUCCGCAUGAGCAAACGGUAGGUAGGUAGGUGCCUAGUGCUUCUUCUCCUGUUGUACCCUUUGCAAAAAAAAAGGUCAACAAUGACGGACCAAAGCUCUGUUGAUGGGAUUCUAGAGUUUCUCAAGAGAAAUCGUUUCUCUAAAGCAGAGGAAGCUCUGCGUAAUGAGCUCAACAACAACAACAACCCUUCUGACUUAAAUGGAUUUCUUCAAAAUCUUAACUUGGUGGACAAAGAUUCCAAACCAAAGUCUGCUGGUCAAGUCUCCAAGGAUCUUAUUGUAAAGGAUAUUGGCACGGAUGGGUCUGUUAUCAAAUGGGAGAAUGGUGAGAAACCUUGCAAGAAGGGUAUAUCAAGGGAGAUGAGCUUCACAUUCUCUGAAAAUUCAGGUGAUGCUGCGCCUCCUGAUGCGCCUUCCUGUAAAUUUACUGCUUCAGGUAAGGGUACCUUAGACCCUUACCGAAGCACUGAUGACACUAGUGGUAGCAGUUUGGUGGAUUCAUUUGCAUUGGAACAGUCGAGCCGUGGUAUCGAUAAGAAAAUAGUGGAAACUGGUGAAGAUAUCGUCUUCUUUGGCAACAAGACUACUUCAUGGUCUGGAAAUGCUACUAGUAAAGGGAAAGGGAACUCCGGAUCCAAAGUGAAUGAGAUUGAUAGGCUAGUUGAAAGUUUUGGGAAGCAUGAGAAUUAUAUGGGCAGCACACGCUUAAGAACUGAAGGUGUCGCAGAUACUAUAACCUCGGAGAACUUGAAAGAGUGUUCUGUGAAGACUCAUUCUCAAUCUUCGAGAGGCGAUGCCUCAACCAGUUACAGUCAGGGUACCAGCUCGGAUAAAAGAGAGGGAAAGAAAAAGGCAGGAGAUGUUAAUGAUGUGAGGGCGGCGAUCAAGGAGCAGGAGAGUGAGGUGGGAAGAGCUUUGUUCUUUGGUAAAACUCAAUCUACUUUUGAUGACAAGAACGUAAGCAGCUUGGGUUUCCCGCUUGUCUAUGAUACAAGGAAGGAAGAGUUUCCUAGGCUGCCUCCUGUUAAGCUUAAAUCUGAUGACAACCCUCUUAGUCUUUACUGUGAAGAGAAAUUUGAGCGUGAUGGUUCAAGUUCAAGGCCAAUCAAUGAUGGAGAGGCUCUUCUCAUAGGUUCAUACCUUGAUGUUCCCAUUGGUCAAGAAAUCAGCUCAUCAGGUGGAAAAAAAUCUGCAGGGGGGAACUGGCUUUCAGUAAGCCAGGGAAUAGCAGAGGAUGUAGAUGCGUCAGAUCUUGUUUCUGGAUUCGCUACCAUCGGUGACGGUUUGAGUGAAUCUGUUGAUUACCGUAAUGAGUACUGGGACUCUGAUGAGUAUGAGGAUGAUGACGACAUUGGUUAUGUCAGACAACCUAUUGAGGAUGAAACAUGGUUUCUUUCCCAUGAAAUUGAUUAUCCAAGUGAUCAUGAGAAAGGAACCACCCGAGGGAGUCCUGAUCACCACGGAAGAGAUGCAACCAAAGACGAGGAUGAUCAGUCUUAUGCAGAGGAGGCUUCUUAUAUAUCCGGUGAACAGUAUCCUCUAGCAAAAGUUGUUGAACCUAUUUCUUCGGAAAAUGACCGGAGACUUACCGUCUCAGAAAUCUAUCCGGCUAGCAAGAAAGAUGAUCUGAUAUCACAGUAUAUUGGGGAACUGGUGGAUGAGGAAGUGCUGGAUUCGAUGCGUGGUGAGCCUGUUUGGCGGGGCUUUGAAGCUCAGAGAGGCGUAAAUGUUGUUCAUCGAAAGUCUCGUCUUGAUGAUGUUUGCCUGGAAGAUGAUCAGCAUGAUUCAGUCAGGUCGAUUGGUGUGGGUAUUAAUAGUGAUGCAGCUGAUUUCGGCAGUGAAGUGCGUGAAAGUUUGGCUGGAGGGAGCAGUGAGGGAGAUUUUGAGUAUCCUCGUGACCAUGAUGCUGUAGCAUCAUCAUCCAGGUUUAAACAGCUUUACUCUGAGUCAGAGAAGAAACAUAUUGAUGUACCAAACAAGAACAAACAGAAAGGAAGUAAGAACGAUGGUUCAGAUUACAUUGUAGAUAAGGACUCAGGAGAAAGUUUCCAUGUGAAGACUCAAACGGUAACUAGAGAUAAGAACGCGGCAGAACGUUUGAGUGCUUCAACAGCUACUGAUGAUAUGGUUGCUACUUGGAGAAGGAAAAGUAGUGAUACGUCAAGUUCUUCUUCGGUGAAAGAAGAUAAUGCAACGUCCCUAAAAUCUAGAAACUCAACAUCUCCCUCGUCUCUGUCGAAUUAUGGUUGCGAAGAAAGAAAGCGUGCUGAUAAAGAAGAUGAUGGUAGUGAAGAAAGUGAAGAUGACAAUGCGACAGCACUCGAUGACGAAGAGGCAGUGGCUGUACAAGAGCAAGUCAGACAGAUUAAGGCCCAAGAGGAGGAGUUUGAAACCUUUAACCUCAAGAUCGUUCAUAGAAAAAACAGAACUGGUUUUGAAGAGGAAAAGAACUUUCACGUGGUUCUAAACUCGGUCAUUGCUGGGCGUUACCAUGUCACGGAGUACCUUGGAUCAGCAGCCUUCAGUAAAGCCAUACAAGCGCAUGACUUACAGACAGGAAUGGACGUUUGUAUAAAAAUUAUAAAGAACAACAAAGACUUCUUUGACCAGAGUCUUGAUGAGAUAAAGCUUUUGAAGUAUGUCAAUAAGCAUGACCCUGCUGACAAACACCAUCUUCUCCGGCUGUAUGAUUACUUUUAUUACCGGGAGCAUUUGCUAAUUGUAUGUGAACUUCUAAAGGCUAAUCUAUACGAAUUCCACAAAUUUAACAGAGAAUCAGGUGGUGAAGUUUAUUUCACAAUGCCAAGAUUGCAGUCAAUCACUAUCCAAUGCCUUGAAGCACUUCAGUUUCUACAUGGACUAGGACUUAUACACUGUGAUUUGAAGCCUGAGAACAUAUUGGUGAAAAGUUACAGCAGAUGUGAAAUAAAAGUCAUUGACCUUGGAAGCAGCUGUUUCGAGACGGAUCACCUAUGCUCCUAUGUCCAGUCAAGGUCAUAUAGAGCACCAGAAGUCAUUUUGGGACUUCCUUAUGAUAAAAAGAUAGACGUUUGGUCUCUUGGGUGCAUUUUGGCUGAACUAUGUACAGGCAAUGUUCUUUUCCAGAAUGAUUCUCCAGCCAGUUUGCUUGCAAGGGUUAUGGGAAUCAUAGGAUCUAUCGAUCAUGAAAUGCUUAGGAAAGGACGUGAUUCCCACAAAUACUUUACGAAAAACCGAAUGCUAUACGAGAGGAACCAGGAAAGCAGCAGAUUAGAGUACCUGAUACCUAAAAGAACAUCAUUGAGACAUCGGCUACCAAUGGGUGACAAGGGAUUUACAGACUUUGUGGCUCAUCUUCUUGAGAUAAACCCAAAGAAGCGUCCUUCUGCCUCAGAGGCUCUCAAGCAUCCUUGGCUUUCAUACCCGUACGAGCCAAUCUCGGCUUAAACAACAAGUGACUUACUACUUAGGGGAAAGCUUAUUUAUUAUUAUUAGUGUUAUCUGUGCAAAGGUUCAAAGCUCCGUUCGGUGGUUGACCAUUUUAACGUAAGUUUUCAUUCCUCUGUCAUCAUCAGUCAAAGAGGUUAUGUAUGUGAGUGCAAAGGUGAGAGAUGAAAAGAAUUUUUGGGUGAGUGGUGAAAUUUGAUUAGAUCAUGUAACAUUGGCUUGUGAUUAUAUUACUGUUAGAAACAGAUUGUAGUAAGACUUGUUUUCCUUUUGUAUCAACUGCUGAUCCUUAGUCCUUUUUAUUAUGAUAUUUAUGAAUGUUUACUUUCAUGUUA